CGAGCCAAUCUAAUAAACAUACAUAUAUGCAUAGAUGUGUAUAUGAACUUCUGCUGCUGUAUUGAGUGACGUCAUGAACUGAUAACUUUGUUUUUCUUUUUCCGUUAUAAAUAUAAUUAUAGCCACAAACUAAUCAACUAUUAAAUCAUUGGCUUUAUUGUUUGCCAUGGAUCAUAGAAAUAUGAAUAUACCACGUCUUCCAGGACCUGCUAUAAAUCCACUAGUAGAAAAUUCCGAUGAACCACAACCCAGUCUAUCGGAUUUACAUGAUUUUGAACCCAAACUCGAAUUUGAUGAUACAGAAUUGUUAGCCACACCCAUAGCACCACAAAAUGAUGUUAUGGAUGAUGAUUUUGUGGUAACUGAAGAUUGUCAUGAUGAACCUGAGGAUAUAGUUAAUCCUUUGGAAGAUGAUUUCGAAGAUCAAUUAAGAGAAGAAACUGAAAAUUUCAGCAUUUCUCCUAAACGUACAAAUUGUGAUUUUUUGGGUACCGAUAAACAAGGACGUCAUAUAUUUGCUAUAUACGCCUCUAGAUUUCCAGAGAAAUCACAAAUGGAAAUAUUUAUAAGAGAUGUUAUUAAAGAAAUUGAACCUUUUGUUGAAAACGAUUAUAUAUUAGUGUAUUUCCAUCAAGGCCUAAAGGAGGACAAUAAACCUUCUGCACAAUUUCUAUGGAAUUCAUAUAAAGAACUUGAUCGUAAUUUUCGCAAAAAUCUUAAAAAUCUAUAUGUGGUUCAUCCCACCUGGUUUAUACGUGUCAUAUGGAACUUCUUUAGUCCCUUUAUCAGUGAAAAGUUUCGCAAAAAGUUAGUCUAUAUAUCCAGUUUAGAUGAACUACGUCAAGCUUUGGGACUAUCAAAGCUUAAGCUACCUGAUAAUAUAUGUGAUCUAGAUGAUCGUCUAAAUCAUAAUCGUAAAUACGCUACUAAUAGUAAUAACAAUAUCAGUACUUCACACAUGGCAAAAACAACACAAUUUGGGGUAACCCUUAAAUUUAUAGUUACUAAUAGUCCAUGUUUAAAUUCCAUUCCACCGAUUGUACGCAAAUGUGUUGAUUCGCUCUCCAUUACCGGUAUGAUCGAUACAGAGGGUAUAUUUCGUCGUUCCGGUAAUCAUAGUGAAAUUAUAGCUCUAAAAGAUCGUGUUAAUCGCGGUGAAGAUGUUGAUCUUAAAGAUGUUAAUGUACAUGUUAUAGCUGGUCUAUUAAAAAGUUUUCUUAGAGAUCUUUCCGAACCGUUAUUAACAUUUGAACUCUAUGAUGAAAUAACUAGUUUUUUGGAAUGGCCCAAAGAGGACAGAUCACGCAAUGUAACUAUGUUAAUACGCGAAAGAUUACCUGAAGAAAACUAUGAAUUAUUUAAAUAUAUUGUAGAAUUUUUAGUAAGAGUUAUGGAAUGUGAAGAUCUUAAUAAAAUGACUUCAUCCAAUUUGGCCAUAGUGUUUGGACCAAACUUUUUAUGGUCUGGUAAAAAUACAACCUCACUCGAUGAAAUUGCACCCAUUAAUGCGUUUGUAGAUUUUGUAUUACAAAAUCAUCGAGACAUUUACCUGGUCGAUAUCAAUCAACGUCCAACGCCUAUUGGCUAAAUAAUAGCAACUAACAGAUUAAUAAAACAGCAUAAUCACGGCAAUAUUGAUUGUUUAAACAAUUUUCACACUUAAUCAUAAUAACUUUUUAAAGAAAACUUAAAAUAAAAGUCUACAAGAUGAGAUAAUAUUCUAAAAUUUUUUUGUGUAAAGAAUUUUUAGUGUAUUUAGUUGUUUAAAAAAAGUAAUAAUUAACAUAUAGGUCAUCACAUUAUUUUACUAUUCUAUAUUUUUAUUUCGUUAUUAAGGUGUUUUGUGUAACCAAUUGUAAACCAAUUUUAGUUUUAUAAGUGUAAUGAUUUUUUUUUAAUUUGUAUAUUUUCAUAUUAUUUAACUAUUUAUGUAAUCAAUUGUACUAAUUUUAUAUAAAAAACCCAACAAUUUAAUUAAAAUAAACACCAUAUUUUUGUUGUAUAUUUGAUAAUUGAAAUUUAAAAAAAAAUAUUUAUUUACCAAAGAAUUGCCAACAAAAUAAAAAAAGUAAAUAAUUUAAACAAAGACAACAACAUGAUUGUAAAUUGUCAUUGUAAACUAAAGAUAUUUUAACUAAAAUUUAAAACAAAAAAUCUCCAUAAUUCCAUAACUAAAACUAAAUCUAAUGUCACAAUUUCAAAAAAGAAAAACUAAACAAUUUAUUAUGAAUAAAUAACUAAAAUAAUG